AUGCACGCGGAGGUUCAGCAGCUUCUCACGCUCUUUGGCAUUCCGUACAUCAUCGCGCCGCAGGAGGCGGAGGCGCAGUGCGCGUGGCUUGACCGAGAGGGUUUCGUGGACGCGGUGAUAACGGACGACAGCGACGCGUUUCUUUUCGGCGCGAAGACGAUUUACCGCAACGUCUUCGAGAGCAAAAAGUACGUCGAGUUUUACGACGCGAACAGGGUCGACGCGGACCUCGGUUUAGACCGCGCGAAGAUGGCGCAGCUCGCGUUGCUGUUGGGGUCGGACUACACCGAAGGCGUCACCGGCGUCGGGAUCGUGAACGCGCUCGAGGUUGUGUUGAACUUCCCGGGCGUGGAAGGGCUGACGAAAUUCGCCGAGUGGGUGGGCGAGUCCGAGUUCACGGGGAAACCGGCGGCGAUCAGAGAGUUCAAGCUGAAGCAUCGCACGCUGAAAAAAGCAUGGGAGCUCCCGCGCGACUUCCCGUCCGAGAGAGUCCUCGACGCGUACGCGAACCCGAGCGUGGACGCGUCGCGCGAGAAGUUCGAGUGGGGCGAACCCGACCUCGACGCCCUGCGGCUCUUCUGCGGCGAACACUUCGCGUGGCGGCCGACGCAGACGGACGAUCUCUUACUUCCCGUGGUGAAGAUGUGGGAGACGAGCGAUAAGCAGAGCCGGAUCGACUCGUUCUUCGCCGCCGCCGCGAGCGCGAACGUC